AUACUAAGUCUGAGCGGCAACCAUUUUGGUUUGUUCUUGCUUUUGAUUGCUUGACCUGUGUUGACUGGAAUUGUGCAUUUUGGUUGUGAAUUGAAGCACUCUUCCAGAAUUGAAAACACUCUGUGUUAUAGAGCGACCAAUUAUUACCUUUUGAACGAAUCUGUACGUGAUCUAUCCAGACAGGAUAGAAUAACAUUUAUUUGUGGUGAUUGUUUAGAUCUGAUCAAUUAAACAAUUAUUGGUUGGAUAGCUGUGUGGUUAUAUUUGUUUAGAACCGCUAUCUUACCCAAUUACCUUGUUCUGAUUUCAAACGGGCGAGGGCGCGUAUCCAACUUAUCCAGGCAGCUGUCCAGCAGUCCAAACGUGGUUUGGAUCCUAUAGUUCUAAACAAAUAUUACUUGGCCGAAAUCCUUUGGUAAUCGUUCACGGAUUUUCUGGAAUUAAUUGGUCGUUUCGUUUAUAAUGCCAGUUAAUCGUCGAAGGAGAUCAGGCUCAAAGUUCGUCGAUGUUAACGAAGAAUCCCCUAUUGUCAAGCAAGUGCCUUUUGACGUCCUUAAGGGUCAUGGUUCAGACUUAAAUAGGGUUAAUUAUCAGGGCAGUGAUUCUAGUCUUAAUUUGAUGUCAGAUGAUGUAAAAAAUCUUAGUUUAAAGGAGGAGCAAAGGCCUGAAUUACUAGGAAAGAGCAUGUCGCCUAUAGUCCAUGUUGUUGGCCCAGAGCUACCUAAGGUUGAGCUGAGUUAUUUCGAUGGAGAGCUAAAAGGUUAUUGGAAAUUUAUAAGGCAAUUUGAGACGUAUGUAGCGUCAAGAGUCACGGAUGAUAGCCAGCGCUUACUCUAUUUGAUACACUACUGUAAGGGCAAGGCUAAAACAGCUAUUGAAUGUUGCGUCAUGAUGGAGGCAUCCUCUGGCUAUAAAAGAGCAAGGGAGAUUUUAAAACGUUUUUUCGGACAGUCUCACGUAAUUGCUCGAGAAACACUAGAGGACUUAUUCAGUGCUGUGAAUUUUGAGUAUAUUGACGGGGACCAACUAUCAAAUUUGGCUAUUAAAAUGGAAAACUGUGCCAUGGUCUUGGAACAGAUGAAUUAUACUUCUGAUCUAAAUUCCUUAGUUACCUUGGAAAGAAUAGUGAGACUUUUGCCUCAACCUAUGCAAGCCCAGUGGGCGGACUGGGUGGAUAAAUUGACUGAAGAUAACAGGGAACCGACCUUCGACGAGCUCACUCAUUUUAUCGCAUCGCGUGCGAGAGUGGCUUGUAGUAGAUUUGGACGGUUAGCAAACCGUUCAAGAAAAGGACAUAACGUGAGGACGAACUGUCACGUGCAAUCAGAGCAAGGGAAUAGUUCGACAACAAAAACCAAAUGCAGUAUGUGUUCCUACGACCAUGGCAUUAAUAAAUGUCCACAGUUCUUAGCGCUUACAGUUCAAGACCGAUGGUCUCACGCUAAAAGCAAGGGUAUCUGUUUCGCCUGUCUUAGACAAGGACAUAGAGUUAAUGAAUGUAAGCUGACAAAGCGCUGUAACGUUGAGGGUUGUGAAAAGAAACACCAUUCUUUGUUGCACAGCGAGAGUGAGAAACCUGGUAUCUCGAGUUGUUGCGGAUAUACUAAAUCACUAAUCAGUCAAGUGUGUUUAGGCAUGAUUCCCGUACGGUUGAAAUCGCGAAAAGCCGAGAUUGUGGGUUAUGCUCUGUUGGACAACGGUUCUGAUGUGACACUGAUAAAAUCAAACUGUUUGAGGUCUCUCGGGCUGAGCGAAGACGAAGCAUCAGUGGUAGUUGAGACUAUGGGCGGUAAUAGAACAAUGAAGGUCACGAGUGCGCCUUUUGAGGUAUAUUCUUUAGAUCGAGCUGAACAUGUUACGAUUGAAGGAGCUCUGAUUGUGGCAGGUAUACCAGGCCAUAAGCCAACAAAGUCGGCAGUGAACAGCCUAGUUAAGUGGCCACAUUUAAGGGAUGUACCGAUAGUUAACUUAGACUCUGAAGAAGUUCUGCUGUUGAUUGGUUGCGACGUACCAGAAGCACACUGGGUGUUAGACCAGCGGUUGGGUGGGAGAAAAAGCCCGUACGCUGUGAAGACGUUGCUGGGUUGGACGGUCUUCGGACCUGCGUCGUAUCCGGAAUAUAGGAGAAGAGUGGUCAAUCAUACCAGUAAGAUACAGACCUUGGAGAACGAAAUACGUAAACUUUAUGAUGUAGAGUUUUCUGAUGUUUAUUCAAAUGAUAAAUCAGCAUCGCUAGAAGAUAAGGCGGCUAUAAGAAUUGUGGAAGAGGGCACACGCUUCGAAAAUGGUCAUUUUGUAGUUCCUAUACCAUGGAAAGUGAACCCAAAUAUGAAAGGGGGGAAUUAUGAAGUGGCAAGCAGUAGACUACAGAUUUUGAAGCGUAGAUUGUUGAAAGAUGACAUUCUGUAUAUCAAGUAUACAAAAGGUAUUGAAAGUAAUUUUAUUAAGGGCUAUGCGGAGGAGAUCCCUGAAAUACAAUUGCAACCUAGUUAUCGCCCCCGUUGGUACUUGCCCCACCAUGCAGUUAUAAACCCGAAAAAGCCAGAAAAACUGAGAGUGGUCCUUGACUGUGCCGCUAAGUUUGCGGGUGUUUCUCUAAAUGAUAUGAUUUAUCAAGGACCCGACACAACGGCUGAGUUAGUGUGUAUAUUAUUGCGUUUUCGCAAAGAAGCAAUCGCAGUCUCUGCGGAUGUUGAAGAAAUGUUCAUGCAAGUGAAGGUCCCUGAGUCUGAUCGAGGAGCCUUAAGAUUUCUGUGGUGGCAGGGGGGAGACAUGUCGAAAGAACCAUCCGAGUUUCAAAUGACAUCUCAUCCAUUUGGUGCCAUAUCAUCGCCGUUUUGCGCGAACUUUGCCUUGAAUAAGACGGCCCAAAUAUUCUCUGACGGUUAUGAUGGUUAUGUCGUAGAUGCUGUUAAGAAUAAUUUCUAUGUUGAUGACUGCUUGGUAUCUUUUCCCACUUGUGAUCAAGCAAAGAGUUUCGUCAAGCAGAUAAGUGAAUUAUUAUGUAGAGGUGGCUUCAAACUAAAGAAAUGGGUUACCAACUCAGAGGAGGUAAGGGCCAUCUUGCCUGAUGUAUGUAAAGAACAGUCCUUGAUAGAAAUGUCUACGGAUUACGACACCCCUCAUCGAACCCUAGGUGUAGAAUGGGAUUUUAAGCAAAAUGUAUUUAAGUUUUACUUUGAUGCACCGGAAAGGCCUCUGACUAGGAGAGGUAUUUUAUCUAUAGUUUCUUCUUUGUUCGAUCCUCUGGGGCUGAUUGCUCCAGUCUGUCUUACUGCCAAACUUCUCUUGCAAAAAUUAUGUAGGUCCCAAAUAGGCUGGGAUCAGCCUCUCGACGAGCCAUACAUGUCCGCGUGGCUAGGCUGGGUAAGUUUUAUGCGUCAGAUAGGUCACGUCACGGUAGCUCGAGGUAUCAAGAGGAAAAUCGACGAACCCGACGCUAAAGUGGAAUUGCACUUGUUCAGUGAUGCUUCAGAGGUUGGUUACGGAGCAGUUGCGUUCGCACGAGUCAGCUAUUUGAAGGAGCCACCAUAUUGUAUCUUGUUGUACAGCAAGUCUAGGGUAGCACCUAUCAGACAAGUCACUAUACUGAGACUUGAGAUGGCGGCAGCGGUGUUAAGUGUGAGGCUUAGUGAAGUAUUACGGAGAAGUCUGCCUAAUUUUUUCUGCGAAGUAAACUUCUAUACAGAUUCCAUGAUAGUGUUAUACUACAUUAAGAAUAUGGAGAACCGAUAUAGCACCUAUAUAGCCAACCGCCUCGCUGUGGUGCACCAGUAUACGAAGGUUGAACAAUGGAAUUAUGUAAAGUCGUCACAGAAUCCAGCUGAUUGGACAUCAAGAGGUAUACAAAAAAUGACUGAUCUGGAAUCUUGGUUCAAAUGUCCUACCUUACUGCAUGGCGAAUUCUGUACAACAAUCACUGACUGUCCGGAACCUACUGACGAUAUUGAGUUUAGAAAAACUGCUGUGGUUAACUUGAGUAGUAUAAAGCACAACAUGUCACCUAUUCUCUCUUAUUACUCUGAGUGGUUGAAAUUAGUCAGGGCCGUAGCCUGGCUUAGAAGGUUCAUAGAAUUUCUGAUGGUGCUUCGUUCACCGAGUUAUGAAGGAUCCGUUCAUCUAGGGUAUUUAAAGGUCAAAGAACUUGACGUCGCCACGCGUAAAAUUUUGUUGAUGGUUCAGAAAGAAGUGUAUGGAGAAAUACUUAGUGGAUUUAAAACCAAUGGUAAAGUAGUUAGUCACAAUGAUCUGAAGGGCUUAUCACCGAUAAUGCUUGAUGGGUUACUCUGUGUUGGAGGCCGACUAAGCUACUCAGAUUUCUCAAAUGCCUUUAAACAUCCAAUAAUAUUGCCCAGUCGACACUUAGUGACAGAAAUGAUAAUUAGACAUUAUCAUAAGGAACAAGGGCACACAGGAACGUCACAAGUACUGGGCACGAUUCGAAAAAGGUAUUGGAUAAUAAAAGGAACCAGCACGGUUAGGAGAGUGAUAGGAAAGUGUGUGACAUGCCGGCGGUAUACGAUGGUUACAGGGCAACAAUUGAUGGCACCACUUCCAGCUUGUAGAGUGCAACAAGGAUGGUAUAGCUUCUCAGCCGUGGGAGUAGACUACUUUGGACCCCUUUUUGUUAAAAGAGGAAGAUCACUAGAAAAAAGAUAUGGAUGUGUAUUUACUUGCUUGCAAACCCGAGCAGUACAUAUUGAAAUGACACAUAGUUUGAAUACUGAUUCGUUUAUAAUGGCUUUGCUACGUUUCAUUGGAAGAAGAGGGAAACCUGCCGAAAUUUACAGUGACAAUGGAUCAAAUUUCGUGGGUGCGGUCUCUGAAUUAAGGAGGUUUGUGCAACAGUUGAAUCAACAGAAAAUAGACAAAGAACUGUCAGCUAGACAAAUUCAAUGGUAUUUUAACCCGCCCUCAUCCAGCCACAGGGGUGGAGUUUGGGAAAGGAUGAUUAGGUCCAUACGCCGACUUUUAUUGUUGAUAACUAGAGAGCAGACUUUAACCGAUGAGACUUUAAACACUUUUUUGAUCGAGAUUGAAAGGAUACUGAACGAUCGACCCUUAACUCCGGUCGUUCAAGAUGCUAACGAUAAACUAGCUUUGUCGCCAAAUAGUUUGUUAUUAUUGAGAGAAUGUGACGGAAUAGUCGAAGAAGGUAGCAUCAGAGAUAAAUAUGACAAACGUUGGAAACAGAUUAAUCAUCUUGCUAAUGUGUUUUGGAAAAGGUGGUUAAGAGAGUAUUUACCGUCCCUACAAAAGCGUCAAAAGUGGUUAGUUGAACACCGCAAUUUCCAGAAAGGGGAUGUAGUGAUCGUAGCUUCGGACAUAUCGACUCGUGGAAAAUGGCCCUUAGGCGUAGUUGAAGAUUGUGAAAUAGAUGACGACGGAAGAGUUAGAACAGUGGUUGUUCGUACGAACAGUGGAUUAGUCAGGAGAGAUAUACGUAGAUUAUGCCUCCUUGAAGGCUCGAAUUAGUUCCUCGUGUUAUCAAUAUAGGUAGGUCGAGUAGGCGUACUGUUGUAAGUCCUACUCGUUCCUAUAGUGUGAUAUGCUACAUAAUGAACCAUGACCAUAGGCAUCAAGGUAGCUUGUGUGAUAUGGAGGGAUUUUGGGGGCCGGUGUAAGAUCCAUUUUGAAUGCCUUGUGUGUUUAUGAAUAUCCCUCCAUGUAUGUACUUGCACUUUGUUCCUAUUGAUCUUCUUAGUUGUACAUUGUUAACUUUUGGACUACAUUUGAAUUGUUAAUAUUUGUAUUUUAUUAUAGUUUUCGUUUUUACCACACCUUCACUAAUUCCCCAUGUUUCUUCCCGAACUGCACUUAUGUUGUUUUACUUUAUACUAAGUCUGAGCGGCAACCAUUUUGGUUUGUUCUUGCUUUUGAUUGCUUGACCUGUGUUGACUGGAAUUGUGCAUUUUGGUUGUGAAUUGAAGCACUCUUCCAGAAUUGAAAACACUCUGUGUUAUAGAGCGACCAAUUAUUACCUUUUGAACGAAUCUGUACGUGAUCUAUCCAGACAGGAUAGAAUAACAUUUAUUUGUGGUGAUUGGUAAUUUUCUUGCAUUCUUUAUCAACUUUCUUAUUUAUUGUAGUUUAGAUCUGAUCAAUUAAACAAUUAUUGGUUGGAUAGCUGUGUGGUUAUAUUUGUUUAGGUAAUAAUGUAUACUUAAAUUUAUGAUAAAUUAUAGAACCGCUAUCUUACCCAAUUACCUUGUUCUGGUUUCAAACGGGCAAGGGCGCGUAUCCAACUUAUCCAAGCAGCUGUCCAGCAGUCCAAACGUGGUUUGGAUCCUAUAACUAGGGCUUUUAGUUUAUCAGACACUAACUCUGCUUGUAUGUUUUCCUGUUAAACUAGACACAGACACAUGGAAAUACUUAAAUGGGAGCAAAAUAAUGAAAGCAUUGCAAUACGGCACUAAGCCCACGUGAUGCGUUGCACAAGUAAUAGUAGCUGACCUGAUGUAAUAUUAAUGAACUUAAGGUUAAUCACAAAUGCAUAAAGUAUUUGCUAAAAAACAUGUAAUUUGGUUAUUUAUCUAUUUCACAUUUCUGACUAAAUUCCUUACUAUUUUUUCAUUAAGAAUGCAAAAAGAGUGAGUUUGUAGUGGCAUUGGACAAUAGCCACACAAUCCACAAAGCUGUGAACACGAGACUACUCAGAAAAUAGAUAUUCAAUAUUUAACUCGGGGAAAUACCUAACAAUGGAGAAGGCGCGGAGAAUGAAUUGAAUGGACUGGAGUUGAUCGAGUGGCAUGGCUCGUCCAUGCAGGCGUGGUCCAUCUCAGUGUUACUUUAUAUCUUCUAUUCAUAUUAAAUAUAUUGUUCUUUCUCU